GUGCAUCAAAACUGAACAACCGUUUUUAAAAACUUUCAUAACAGCAGCAACUGUUUCAACGUCACCGCCAGGUUAAAUACUUCUGUGGUACAUAAAUAUUUUUGUGGUACAUAUUUUCGGGUUAGAUCGCGUAAAAUAAUGCGGAUUUUAGUCAUUUAUGCUUUCGCUGUUGCGGUACUUUGCGAAGCCGCUCCCCGUUCCUGUGGACAAACUGUUAAUGGAACUCCUGUUUCCUCUUCCUAUGCCUAUAUAUGCAACAACAUACUCUCCACCACUGUCAACCCAGCAUGCCACUACCUCACCCCGGCGGUAAGCGGCGCGUUCUAUGGAAUCCCCAAAACCUCCACUCCUGGCGCGACGUUCACGUGCAAUGGAAUCUCCCAGUCCACGGCCAACCCGGCCUGUAUUUACCUGACGACACCGACAGGCACCGCUUACGAAGGUUACCUAACCGCUGGACUGCAGUACCUGUGCGGCGGAACAACGACAGUGACCUACAAUCCGGCCUGCACCUAUAACACCGCGCCGACAAACAACAUCCUCACCGGCACUCUGGGGAACGCCCAACCUUAUUAUGUCUUUGCGUGUAACGGACAAACUACAAUUUCGUACGAUCCAGCAUGCACCUACCCCAAUGCAGCCGUCAACUACCUCUUUUCCGGCACUUCUACCCAAUCGUCUCCCAUGUUUCUGUGUAACGGAGCUAUGUCGUCAUUACCGAGUCCGUCGUGUCACUACCUGACGCCACCGAUGAACAACAUUUUCACCGGCACAGUAGCCCAGUGCCAUUCGCCAUGCCCUUCGUCAAGCGUGUUAAUGUGUAUCCCCACUGGAGGCGCCACUGGUACAUCUAGCGUCGUUACCGGCAUCCCCAUCGCAGGUUAAUGUGGAGGUAGUGCGUCUGCUUACAAGAUACACACAGUUGCGGAGAAACUUCAAAGAAGCCAAAACUUCAAACUUCACCUUCUUGUUUACGAAUCAGUCUACCAUCCACUGUCUAUAGAUCCAUUUUUGGAUGUCCUAAUAAUCUUUGAAUUACAGGUUCACCGUUCACGUCAUGUUGACUUACUUUAAAAAAUACGUUUGCAUAGUUUCACCUACUGUACUGAGAUAUAUAAUAUAUUGUUUCAUCUACUGCACAUUUUAUAAACUUUGGGGAAUAAAAAAGAAAAAU